AUGGUUCAUUUUGAUUAUCUUUCUCCCGCUCGCCUUAAACUUGGACUUGCUUCUCUUCUCUAACAAGCUGGAGACACAGAGGAGAGAGAGAGAGCAACGAGCAUUGUGCCCUAAAAGCUCUUAUUAAUAAGAUUGGGGAGAGAAAACCCAAAACUUUAACGGUCAUCUCGGGGUUUUCAAAACCUUUUGACCGUUAAUUUUCGGAGUAUUUGCUCGAAGAGUUCCCACAUAUUCACUGUAAGUUUGUAAGUUAUCACUUUAAACUGUUUCAUCUUAAUUUUGAAGUGUUACUUUCAGUAGAUAUGUUAAACUCAGCUUAAUUUUCAGUUUAUCUGCAAAAAAUUUCACACACGCACAUAUGGAGAAUCUAGAGGAUCUGAUGAGUGUGAGAGUUUCGGAUGGUUUUGUGACUGCAAGUGGUGAUGGUUCACAAAACCAUAGCAGUGCUUUUAAGGAAAAUGAGAACUUGGGUCAUGACCUUCUCGAGGAUUUGGAUUCGUAUUUGGAAGAUAUCAACAACCGGUUGACAGUUUCGAGAAUGGUCAGUGAUUCUGUCGUCAAGGGGAUAGUGAAUGCUGUAGAACAAGAGGCGGUGGAGAAAAUUGCUGAAAAAGAAUUACAAGUGUCUAGAUUGAAGGAAAGAUUACAUUUUGACAAGUUGGGUGUGGAUGAAAUUGAGUUUUUAGGGUCCCCAGUAGUGGUACACCAUGGACCAAGAAGAGAAGAACAAGGGUUUUCUUAUAGAUUUUCGGAAGCUAUGGUGGAGCAUGAUGAGUUGAGAAAAUCUUUGGGCAGCCUAAAAGGUGUAGCCAGAGAACAGAUUGAGAAGGUCAUGGGAGAGAUUUAUGGUAUAAGAGGGUGUAAUUCAAUCAGUCGGAUUGGUUCUGGCUCCGGUCUGUUGGGGUUGGGUGGAAUUCUUCAAGAGAAGGUGUGUGAAAGCUGGGUUGGGGUUGAUGCAACACUGGAUGCUCUGAAGGCUACAUUGGACAACAUCUGGGUGAAGGUAGACAAUAUGCUUCACUUGGCUAAGGCAUCACUUUGUGAGUGGCAGCAGGAUUGGGAGUUUCAAGGAGAACUUGAAGCUAUGGUGAUUCGGAGUUGUAUUAAGAAUCUUCAGGAAGACUUUGAAGAGAAACUGUGGGAGCAAAAUGCUUGCUUUGGUGGCAGCCAAAGUUUAAAUUGGAACAGAAAGAUCAAUGAGAUUUCGAGCUUAUGCAAGGGAUUAGAUGUGAUUUCAAAGUCGCUUUCUGGUCCUGAAACUGGGCUGCUAACCUCUCAUGGGUCUUAUGAUAUGGAUCAUUUCCACCGCAAAGCUUUGAACAAUCAUAUUUUGUCUUCUACUUCACUCCGGGAGGAAAAUGGUAAAUCUGAUGAGUCUAAAACUGGUAUGCCUGAGAAUUGGGAUGCUGCCCAGUUAAAACAUAUGAAAACUGAUGAAUUGGUGAGUUAUUUCAACACCGUGAUAACGAAGAUGAAGAGGAACCAUGAGUCUACUGUGCAACAGAUUACUGAAGAAUAUUUUACUUUUAGGCGGGAAUACCUAAAGGAGAGGGAUUCUGCUUUGCAAUUCAGGAACAAGGAGUUUGACUUAUUGAGGAAAAAUAUAUCAGAGGUUGUUAUGAAAUUGGACAACAUCCUUGUAGAAAAUGGAAAACUACCAGCAUGUAGCAACAAUGCCAAGAGUUUUGUCAGCAUGAAGGAUAGACUUGAGAACCUUCUUUUGGUAAAUCGCCAACUCAGAGACUCGCUUACAGUGAAGGAAAAGAAACUCGAGUGUAUUUCAUCACAGGUUUCUGAUGCUGCUGAGAAGCUGUUGCAGCAUUCUUCUACUGAAAUGGACUUGGUAAAAUUUGCAGGAAAUCUUAAAUCUACUUUGGAAGAUGCUCACAUAGAAGCAUUUGUUAGUGAAGAGAUAUAUAAAUGUGUUCUCAGGGCGAUAACUGCUCAGACCAAAUGUGACAAUGAAGAGUCAGAGGUGGAGUCUACUGUUAUGCAAGAGAUAUACAAAAUUAUUUUCAGAGAAGCUGCUCAAGGUGCUGAAGCUACAGGCAAGUGUGAAAUUGAAGAUUCAGAUAUGGACUACUUAAUCAUGGAAGGAUUGUGUGGGGUUAUAUUCAGAGAAACCAUCAAGGAUGCUGAAUCACAAUUCAACAAUUUGAACACAAAGUACUUAUAUGAAAAUGAAAAUCGAGUUUCUCUUGAAAUGAAAGCACUAGAAAGAGAAAAGAAAUUAAGCUUGGAGGUUGAAGAGAAGGAAAGAUUAAAGCAUGAAGUCCUCUUACUGGCGGCAUCCUUGGAAGAAAAAGAAAAGGUAGCACAAGAAGUAUCAGCUGCACUGAUGAAAGAAAGGGGAAAGUUUGAGCUCGCUUCUCAAGAGCUUCAUAAUUUAAGAGACCAUGUAAGUCAGCAGCAAAUAUUAAUUUCUGAGAGAAACAUGGAAUCAGAUUUACUAAAGCAUAAAUUGAAAGAGGCGUUGAAGCAAAUUGAAGUAGAUAAAGUGGAAAGAGAAAAGUUGAAUGAAAAGCUUGAACUAACUUUGAAGGAGUUAAGGGAAGUUGAAGAAGAAAGAAAUAUGCUUUUGGUUGUUAUCCAAGAGAAGAAAAAUGAUUUAUUAUUAGUUCAAGCCAAAGAGAAGGAACAGAUGAAGAAAAUGGAAGCAGUUAUUGUUCUUGUCUAUGGGUUAUCAAAAGCUCUUGAUGAUAUUGAAAGUAAAGUAGGAGAGGGUAUCAAAAAGAAUAAUUCGAGGUUAGAAUAUUCAAGCUCUCAAUUGAGUUCUCUUAACCAGAAAGCUAAUAUGCUUAGAAGAACAGGAUUGCUGUGCAAACAGAGGCUUGAAAGGAGAUGUUCUAACCUUCAAAUGGCUGAAGCUGAGGUUGAUCUAUUGGGGGAUGAAGUGGAUUCACUUUUAAUCCUUCUUGAAAAAGUUUACAUAGCUCUCGAUCAUUACUUGCCAAUUUUGCAACACUAUCCUGGAAUUAUUGAGAUCCUGGAGCUGGUUAGAAGAGAACUAAGUGGAGAAUCUCAUAAGACAGUUUGAUUAUCUAUUUGACCAGGACUAAUACAAGGUUCAUUUCAUUUCAUGCCCAGUGCUAAAGUUAUUGCCUUUGGGGAUGAUAUUGUUGUCAAUUGACCAACUGUUUUUGUUAGAACGACUAAAAAGAGCAAGAAAUUUCUUCAGCAGUUAAGCCAGAAAAGCGAUUCAUUUUGAGAUUUUGUUCAUUGGUCCCAACAGUAGAAAAUUGAGGGGGGAAGUCCAGACAUGUGUGACACCCUUGGCAAGUGGCUCGUAAGAGCUGCUUUUUGCAGUAUAUAAUGUACAAUUUCAUUAUUAUUUUUGUCUUAAGCCGGAGAUGCCAGGUGUAUCCAGUGAGCAAACACAUUUUGCUAGUUGUUUUCACAAUUAUUUCUCACACUUUUUCCUUUAGUUCUCUUAUGUAAAGUAUUAAGAAUUUUAGAUAUAAGUUUGCUUCUAGUGCAAUAAAUGAAAGAAAGUUGUAUUUGCAUUGGAUAAUUAUAGAUUCUUUAAAUCUUCAGAAGUAUUGUGCCCUUUCAUUUGUGUUAGAGCUGCAGCUAGAAGUAUACAUACUCUGGGAAAAACUAGAAUUGUUUAAAACUAGAGCUCAAUCUGGGUGGAAUGUAUUGUAGAAGGACUGGACCAUUUAGUUGCCUGUCAUACCUGCAGUACAUUGGUUAGACUGAGAUGGGGGACAUGCCCUAAUUAAUCCUGUGUUUUGGAGUUUACUAUAAUCCAAUUGGUUCAAGGUGAUAAUCUAAAUAUAGUUUUUAUUUGCCUGCCAUUUGACAGUGAGUAGUAGUUGCUCAUUAAUGCAAAUUGGAUAUGUGAUUAUGUGUUGAGUGAACUACCACCUUAUGUGUACUAAGGAUUUCUGGUAAGUUUGGUCCUUGUGUAUUGAAUUUCACAGUUCAUCACUUCCAAUCACUUCCUAGGUCAUCUGUUAUACUUCCUUUAAACCGAAUAUUGGCAUUUGCCUACAAAGGCGACAUCAGGAUGCACCUCCACAAAGGAACUAAAAUCAUCUCCAAUGUACUGUGUCGUCCAGUGAACUAUGGAGGGUGAGGAUCAUCCGACCAGAGGAUCCCACACUGCUGAUGUGACGAUCCCCUCCCUCUCCCGAGCACUGGACAUCUCAGUAUGAGUUAGACAACUGUUGCUAUAGAUGUGUAUGUGGUGUUGCAGUUCAGCUAGACAAAUAGUUGGUCAGUAUUUUUCUAAAAUUAACUAAAGGUGGUUCCACCUUGUCCAAAGGUAGCUUCUAUUGUCAAAUCAGAAUGCUGCCCUGAAUGGUGGUUAUGGCAGCAUUUUCCCACACUUCUGCAAUACUACUACAUCAAUAGCCAAAUUUGCUAUGACAAUAGGGACACUGUCCAAGUUAAUAAUGGAGUUACAUUAGUCUUAUCAUAUUACUAUAUGAGUCACCCUACCUUGAUUGGAAUAUGCUACCCAGCUAUAUUUGAUGGUAUGAUCUGAUUGAUGAACUAUGAUCUCAAUAAUAAUAUAAACAAAGUUAUUGCCCAAUCAAUUUCAAAUUAUGUAUUAUUAUGUUGUUGAACGGAUCAUGUCUCUUUUUGUUAUCUAACUUAAUUUAAAUAUUGAGAUUGGCCACCUAACCGUGUCUCCUUAUUUUGACUGGAUUCAAAGC